CUUGUUUUUCAGGAAGUAGCUGUCAGGCAGAAUGGAGUUAGGGGGCUGCAGGAUCGCAUUUGAGAAAGAUGGGGUCUAUUUACACACCAGUGCAAAACGUCAUCCUGACCAGGAUUCCCUCAUACCUGGAGUUAUCCGCAUCAUUGAGAAGGGUUCAGAUACUUUACUACAAUGGACACCUGUGGAGGAAUCUUCAGAUACUGCUCAAAUCAUGUACACUAAAAAGGAUACCAUUGGCUCCCCACCCGAAGAAGAAAGUUUUGAUCCAGGAUAUGAACCAGACUGGGCUGUGAUCAGUACAGUGGGGACCAAGUCUCGGGUCCCAGAGGAAACAGCUGUUUCUGGGCCAAAAUCUCCAGUCCCUCGUGGUCAGUGGGCCUUCUCUCUUAGCUUGUCUGAGCUGAAAUCCAUCCGUAAGAGUAAACCAGGCCUCGGUUGGUCAUAUCUCAUCUUCAUCACCAAAGAAGGCAUUUCCAUUCAAGCUCUGCAUUUCCACCGUGGAGGCACGAAGGCCCUUCUCAAAGCUCUUUGCAAAUAUGUUAUUUUAGCCACCUCCCCCAAAGAUUCUCGGCUCUACCUGGUUUAUACACAUGAUUCCUAUGCCCUUUCUCAUUCCUUUGAUGAGCUUCAACUUUUUGAUGACAAUUCGUCAAAUCUAGUAUCGGUAAGGCUGUUCUCUGAAGUGCCUCACAUGGAGUCAGGCACUCUGGAAAGGGAAUGAGGGAGAGCUAAAAGACAUUCCCAUGGUGACUCAGCUGCUGCCAACGUGGAGGAAGAGACAGGCUUUGAAGUCAUCACCUGCCAGGCACAACUAGGAGAACGGCCCUCUGUCCAACGGGAGAGCCCUAUUACAGAGCAGGAAUGGGAGCAGCAUCUGGAUCCUGAUGGGCGCGUCCUGGAUCCCAUUGGGCUGCGGAAGAGGAUCUUUGCUGGGGGUCUCAGCAUGUCAUUACGUAAGGAAGUAUGGAAGUAUCUUUUGGGCUAUUACUGUUGGGACAACACCAGUGAAGAGAACAAGGCGCAAGUGAGGCGGAAAACAGAUGAGUACUUCCGCAUGAAGUUACAGUGGAAGUCGGUCAGCGAGGAGCAGGAGCAACGGAACUCUUUACUGCGUGGCUAUCGCAGCCUCAUUGAAAGAGAUGUCAGCCGCACAGAUAGAAACAACAAAUUCUAUGAGGGCAAUGAGAAUCCAGGCCUGGUACUCCUAAAUGAUGUGCUGAUGACAUACUGCAUGUACAACUUUGAUCUCGGGUAUGUACAAGGUAUGAGUGAUCUCCUGUCCCCCAUUCUCUAUAUCACCCAGAAUGAAGUAGAUGCCUUCUGGUGCUUCUGUGGUUUCAUGGAACUAGUGCACCACAAUUUUGAAGAAAGCCAGGAAUCCAUGAAACGCCAGCUUUCCCAGCUCACCUUGCUCCUUAGAGUGUUGGAUCCCCCACUCUGUGACUUCCUAGAUUCAAAGGAAUCGGGUACCUUGUGCUUCUGUUUUCGGUGGAUCUUGAUCUGGUUCAAGAGAGAAUUUCCCUUCUCUGAAAUUCUUCAGCUCUGGGAGGUAUUGUGGACAGAAUUGCCUUGCCCCAAUUUCCACCUGCUGGUGGCUUGUGGCAUUCUGGAUGCAGAAAGACAGACUCUUAUGAACUCUGGUUUUGGCUUUAACGAGAUCCUCAAGCAUAUUAACGAACUGACCAUGAAGAUGAGUGUGGAAGACAUCUUAUGCCGGGCUGAGGCAAUCUACAGGCAGUUGGCUUCUACUCCAGAUCUACCCUGUAAUGUCCAGGAACUGCUGGGCCUCUCCGAGGGGAAAUCUCCCACCCCCAGCACUGACACAGCCAGCUCCCCACAGCCGCUGUCACCCAGUCAGGUGCAAGAGAUGGAGCUGACGGACAGCGUUUCCCCAAGCCAGCCGGACAGCAGCAUUGAAAUCCUGCCUGCGGAGGAUGCCUCCACCUCUCAGAGCCUGUCUCCGUGAAGAACCCUCACGACCACGACCAUCUUCUUAACACAAGCACUUUAAGCAGAGCAGGGGGAGGGCUAGGAGGGAGGCAGGUCAGAGGGCCGUCAAAGUUGCGUUCUUCCUAGAAUUCAAAUAGCUGUGAGAAUAUCGAGUCUCGAUCACAGCCGGUGGGCUUAGCGUGCACAGUGUGCCCUCACCCGUAACGUAAGGCUUCCUUGAAAAGUCCCAGGUCUUGGCCCAAAGUCCAUUUUCACUUUUGGUUUGUGCAAAAAGACAGAAAGGAGCAGGUUAAUGGCUGUCACCCCAUUGGUUUUCUGAUUUGGAUUCUGGACCUCCUAAAUCCUGCUUCCGCUGUCUGUCUUGCGACAUUUCUUUCUCCUCCCACCCCCCGGGUUUGCGUGUUGAGAGUCAAUCUUAUGGCAGCAAUCUAUUUCUUCUGCUAAUUGAAGCCUCUGCUUUGGCUUACAGAAGUUAGUUAGAGAUGCCCAAGCUAUUUGCUAAGAAGAAAUCCAGGAAAGCUAAUUAGAACAGUUCUUUGUGGAAAACUGAUUGUAGUAGAGAGGUUCUGUCUGGGAGAAACACAGAAUCAGAGUUUACAGGAAUAGAGGCUAGAAGGCUCAACUCCUAAGUUACUUAGUAUUUUGCCAAGGAAUUCCUGUUGAUGUGCUGCCUUGUGCUUCCUUCCCUCGGCUGGAGGUUCAUCUCAUGCCCUGCUUGCUGCUUUCUCUUUAAAACGUGAUUAUGAACUAACCGCAAUACGUUGAGGAGGGAAGAAUCAGACUUUGUUCUUCGGUGCCUCUCUAGCCCAGCAGGCACAUGGAUCUGAAGUUUUGUGUGCAGACGCAUACUAUUCUCCUUCCCACCGAACAGCAUCUUCCUUGGCCCUUACCUUGGCUUUUUCCCCCUUUAUAAAGUACAUUAAAAGUAUUGUGUCAUUCU